GGCAGGGGAAUACCCUGCUGAAUUAACAGAGAAGGAAGAAAAGGUGGACAGAGAGCUAUGCUAGAUGAGCAAGCACCAGAGAAGAACAAGAGGAAUGGUUCUGCAUGUUCAAUUCUUUAGCUUGUGGGUUAAACAAGAGGAAGGAGAAGAUGACAGAGAAGCUGCUGCUGUAUAAGAGUGGGAGAACUUAAAGAUAUCCAAGGAAUUUCUGCCAAGAAAGUAAUGGGUUUGUGAGGUUAGCUUAAGAAGUAUAAAAGGCCUUGGAAGUCCAAGAGCUGCAUAAGGAUGUGGAGUUCAACAAGUUUCUUCAAGCUUGUAAAGUAAACUAUAUCCACCCGAAAGUUAUUUGUGGCUCAAGUUUUUAUGAAAAUCCACCCCUGGGAGUCUAUAAACGUUUGUAGCUAUUUAUUCCUAGUGGGAAACUUGGCGUCGUAUAGCCUGAACCUGAGUUUCUU